UCCCUCCCCGCGCCAUGAACUUCCAGGCGGGCGGCGGGCAGAGCCCGCAGCAGCAGCAGCAACAGCAACAGCAACAACAACAGCAACAGCAGCAGCAGCAACAGCAGCAGCAGCAGCAGCAGCAGAGCCUGGCGGGGUCGGGGUCCGGCGGGUCCGGCGGGGGGGUGGUGGGCGCGGGUCCCGGGGGCCCGUCGCCGCAGCUGUCGGCGGGGGCCCCCCCGCAGUUCGCCCUGUCCAACUCGGCGGCCAUCCGCGCCGAGAUCCAGCGCUUCGAGUCGGUGCACCCCAACAUCUACGCCAUCUACGACCUCAUCGAGCGCAUCGAGGACCUGGGGCUGCAGAGCCAGAUCCGGGAGCACGUCAUCUCCAUCGAGGACUCAUUCGUGAACAGCCAGGAGUGGACCCUGAGCCGUUCGGUGCCGGAGCUGAAAGUGGGCAUUGUGGGGAACCUGUCUAGCGGGAAGUCGGCCCUGGUGCAUCGCUACUUGACGGGGACGUACGUCCAGGAGGAGUCUCCGGAGGGGGGCCGGUUUAAGAAGGAGAUUGUCGUGGAUGGUCAGAGUUACCUGCUCUUGAUCCGAGAUGAAGGAGGGCCCCCCGAACUCCAGUUUGCCGCCUGGGUGGACGCGGUGGUGUUCGUGUUUAGCCUGGAGGAUGAGAUCAGCUUCCAGACGGUGUACAACUACUUCCUGCGCCUGUGCAGCUACCGCAGCGCCAGCGAGGUGCCCAUGGUGCUGGUGGGCACUCAGGAUGCCAUCAGCGCCGCCAACCCACGGGUGAUCGACGACAGCCGAGCCCGCAAGCUGUCCACAGACCUGAAGCGCUGCACCUACUACGAGACGUGUGCCACCUACGGACUCAACGUGGAGCGGGUCUUCCAGGAUGUGGCGCAGAAGGUCGUGGCCCUGAGGAAGAAGCAGCAGCUCGCCAUCGGGCCGUGCAAGUCACUGCCCAACUCGCCUAGCCACUCGGCCGUGUCCGCCGCCUCCAUCCCCGCUGUGCACAUCAACCAGGCCGCGAACGGCAGCGGCGGCGGCGCCUUCGGCGACUAUUCGUCCUCGGUCCCCUCCACCCCGAGCAUCAGCCAGCGGGAGCUGCGCAUCGAGACCAUCGCGGCCGCCUCCACGCCCACGCCCGUGCGCAAGCAGUCCAAGCGCCGCUCCAACAUCUUCACGUCUCGGAAGGGUGCGGAUCUGGAGCGGGACAAGAAGGCCCCGGAGUGUAAGGUGGACAGCAUCGGCAGCGGACGGGCCAUCCCCAUCAAGCAGGGGAUUCUGCUGAAGCGGAGCGGCAAGUCCCUGAACAAGGAAUGGAAGAAGAAGUACGUGACGCUGUGUGACAAUGGGCUGCUCACCUACCACCCCAGUUUACAUGACUACAUGCAGGAUGUGCAUGGGAAGGAAAUCGACCUCCUGAGGACCACCGUGAAAGUGCCGGGGAAGCGGCUACCACGGGCCACGCCGGCCACCGCCCCCGGGGCCAGCCCCCGCGCCAAUGGGCUCAUCCUGGAGCGAAGCAACACGCAGCUGUGGGCGGGCACAGGCGCCCCGCACUCGGCCAGCAGCACGUCUCUGCACUCGGACCGCUCGCUCGGCGUGUUGUCCCUGGCCGGCCCCGGCGCCCGCCCCGACGGGCUGCACCAGCGCUCCUGCUCCGUGUCCAGCGCUGACCAGUGGAGCGACACCGCCGCCCUGGGCCCCGCCGCCACCCAGCAGUCCGCCAGCGGCCCAGCUGACACGCUCAGCUCCAGUCCCAAGUUGGAGCCGCCCCCGUCCCCCCACGCCAACCGGAAGAAGCAUCGACGGAAAAAGAGCGCCGGGACUCCCCGGCCGGACGGCCUAGCCGGCUCCGCGGAAGACGCGGAGGAGUCGUUCGAGUUUGUGGUGGUGUCGCUCACGGGGCAGACGUGGCACUUCGAGGCCUCGACGGCCGAGGAGCGGGAGCUGUGGGUGCAGAGCGUGCAGGCCCAGAUCUUGGCCAGCCUGCAGGGCUGCCGCAGCGCCAAGGACAAGACCCGUCCCGGCGGUCAGAGCGCAGCCCUGGCCGUGCAGGCCGUCCGCACCGCGCGCGGCAACAGCUUCUGCGUCGACUGCGACGCGCCCAACCCCGACUGGGCCAGUCUGAACCUGGGGGCUCUGAUGUGCAUCGAGUGCUCGGGGAUCCACCGGCACCUGGGGGCUCACCUCUCCCGCGUGCGCUCGCUCGACCUGGACGACUGGCCCCCCGAGCUGCUGGCCGUCAUGACCGCCAUGGGCAAUGCCCUCACCAACAGCGUCUGGGAGGGGGCCCUGGAGGGCUACGCCAAGCCAGGGCCCGAAGCCUGCAGGGAGGAGAAAGAGCGCUGGAUCCGGGCCAAGUACGAACAGAAGCUCUUCCUGGCCCCGCUGCCGGGCUCGGACGUGCCGCUGGGGCAGCAGCUGCUGCGGGCGGUGGUGGAGGACGACCUGAGGCUACUGGUGACUCUGCUGGCGCGCGGCUCCAAGGAGGAGGUCAACGAGACCUACGGGGAUGGAGACGGCCGCACGGCCCUGCACCUCUCCAGCGCCAUGGCCAACGUCGUCUUCACGCAGCUGCUCAUCUGGUACGGGGUGGACGUGAGGAGCAGGGACGCCCGGGGCCUGACCCCCUUGGCCUACGCCCGCCGCGCCGGCAGCCAGGAGUGCGCCGACAUCCUGCUGCAGCACGGCUGCCCCGGAGAGGGCUGCGGCCCGGCCCCCACCCCCGGCGGCGGGUCCGGAUCCUCCACCGAGCUGCACCGUAGUCCCAGCCUCCUGUGAGAGCGGGAGAGGGGAUGGGGGUGAGGGCGGGGAUCCGGUGGGGGCCGGGAGCCGGGGCCCGUUCUCCAGUGACGCGUCUAGAACGGAGAGGCGGACGCAGGGAGAGACGGGGAGGCAGGCCGUGGCGAUAGGCGGGAGGAGCUCGUCCAGGAGAGGAAGGCAGAGCCCGGAGCAGAGGGCGGGGUGUGGCAGGGGGAGGCGGGCGCGAACUCCGCCCUGGGGACCACGGCACAAUGCGGGCGGUGAGGGCACCAGCCCGCUGCUCUGUCGGUGCCAUUGACAAGGGCCGGGCUCUUUGGAGGCACCGGAGGGGGAGGAGAGAGCGGGACCUCUCUCCUCUCCCGGCCUCCUGCCCUCUGCCCGCCCCCCGCAAAAAAAACCUCAUUCCGCUGGGAACCGGGAGGACAGUUGGCCUGGGAAAGAGAAGGGAUAGGGGCACG